CAUAGCAAUGGCCAAAAGUGAAAACAAAAUCGUUACAAGAAUUUAUUUAAUUUUUAAUUCAAUUAGUGUGAAUGUGAAUUGCUUUCCAACUAACAACUACAUAACAGUAUCAUAAAGACGAUUAUUAAAUCUAGAGCAAUGGCCACAAAUCGUCCGAAAUAUGUAUCAGUUUAUAAAAUUGAUGGAAUUCCAAUUUUGCCGCCUUUGAUGACUUCGGAAAAAAGCCGGCACAUGUUGGUUUACAAAGAGUUGGCAAUUCAAUUAGAAAAUGCUAGAAAAAAGCAACAAAAUCUUGGCAAACCAUCAAUUGGCUUAGAUCAAUCAUGUAACCUUCUUCGUCACGGUCAUAGUCACAUACCUCAGCCAAGUCCGACACCAAGAAAACAAUUGUCCGAAGCCAGUACGUCUGCAAAUGCGGUACCAACAUCAUCAGCAUCGGCAUCGAAAAGAGAACGGGUUGAAAAACUACGCAAAACCGACACCCUUGUCUAUGACAAUCGAGCUAAUUCCAUAAUCUUAACACUCGAAGGAUUCGAAGAAGAAACCGACUUCCAGUCGAUGGUGCUAGAAAGACCCCCUAAAUUAGACCAAAAUGACAACAAGAUCUCCCCUGACGUGCCUAAGUCGCCAAACCAAAACGAUUUGUCCCCCCAGAAUCCUGUUAAACCACAACCUUAUGCCGCAUUCAUACCGAUUCCAUCGAUUUGCGUCAAUCCACCCACACCUUCCGUCCAAAACAACCCAAUUUGUUCGACGACACCAUCGAAACGCCUCUGCGCCAGUCCCACUCUCAAGCCAGACAUCGAAUCCAGUCUAAUUCGUUCGAAUUCAUUCAUCCUCGACGGGCCGAGCAGCGCCCUUCUCGAACACAUCAAAAACCAAAAACUGAAAAAAUCCACUGCCACUCAGGACACCGUCGAAUCCAAAGCCAAACGUGUUCAGAAAGUCGAAGCCAAACCCAAAGCUAAAUCACCCACUUCGACCAGCCUCAGCCACUUCACUAACAACACGGUCAUCUUUAGAGCCAAACGCAGUCCCUACGAGCUGAAGCCCUCGUCCAAAGCGAAGUUAACAAGAAAACAUAAAAUCGCCAAACCCGUUACGACACCAAAGAAGCCCAUCAAUGCAUCCGAUCUAUCAUUAAUUUCCAUGACUCCACCCCAAUCCACAUCGAAUUUGGAUCUUUUAAAAGACUUCGAAGAGCAGCAUCGAGCACGGUUCAUUGAACUCGUACGCCAACAGCAAAUCGAACAGAAACGCCUUCAAAAAGAAUUCGAAAUACAACAGAAGCUUCUGCUCGAACAACUCUCUGCUAGAGUUGCCAAAGUCCAAAUACAAACGGUCGUACCAACGCAGUCGUCGUCAAUAUUUCCUGACUCCGUUCAGAGUUCGCCAUCAGCAUCGCCGGAACAAGAAUCUUCUUCGACGACGUCGACGACUACAACAACCGCUUCACGCAGUGCUCGUCGACGACGAUUAUUUCUGGAAAAUAUCAAAGAUGUACCAUCUGUGACUGUGACAAGAGAUGCAUCGCCAUCACCGCAGAGCACUGGCCGUCGUCUUGACAGAGAGAACGAGAGGAAACGCUUUCAUUUGGCUGCAACUUUAAUCAAUGCCUAUGCAAGAGGUUUUCUAACACGUCGACUGUUUAGAACAGAUUAUGUCCAAAGGAUUGUACAAACCAUCAAGGAUACAUUAAUUUUUGUUAUAAAUUUACAUUUGGAAACCUGUGGAGAUGAUUCGGAGAGUAGUUUAAAAUUAAAAGCUAGACUCCUUAAACAGCUACAUUCAGCAAGUAGAACAUUACAUUCUGUUUUCCUGGAGACAACAAUUAAAGAAAGGAUGGAAAUAAUUGCUAGAGAUCGAAAAUUUAUCGAAGCUAAAUUAUUAAAUAUUAAAAGAUCUCGAAAGAUUGUCAGAUGAUUAUAAAGAAUUUCGAAGACUUAAAGUACCAGUAUUAUUUGCCUCUUUUAGUACAUGUGUAAGACCAAAAUGAUAACUUAAAAAGUAAUAAAAUCACAUAUUUUUUAAAAUAUAUAUUAGAUGUUCAUUGA